AACGAUAUAAAAUUGUUGUUCAUUAACAUUAAAACUAUAAAAGUUGUGAAAAUCAUUACCAAAACAAAGAUAUCAAAAGACAAACUUAAGUUAAAUUAUAACAAAGUCACCUUUUGUAAAAAAAUCAUAACAAAAUAUUAUUUUGCACAAUUGCGUGUGGUCGAAAUUCGAUAAAUUCCUGGUCCAUUAGUACAGGAGCGGGCGCACCACCCACCCAAAUAUUUCAAACAUCAACUAGCCUCACUUGAAUAAGUUGAAAACAACGCUUGAGCAAAGUAAACAGCAACAAAUUGGCGUUAGAAAAUGUAAAAGAAAGCGAAAUAGGAAUCGACAAAAUCAUGGAAAAUCAGCUAAGUAUUGCAACGUAGUUUCCAUUUUCAUUGUACUUCGAUCUAAAUACAUUUGGUAUUGUUCAAAACGUAACGCCGCCGUCCCUUAUAAUACGCACUUACAUAUCUACCUGGAGUAGCAUACUUGCAUACAUACCUAAUGUAUGUAUGACCUCUUGCACAUCGCUUACAUUUACCUAUUUCCAAGUCUACAAACGAGUACAAACAAAUAAUAUUGCUCGACCCAACAUUUAUAGGAAUAAAAACACCCUAAAACGCACGUUGAUAGAAGUAUUGUGAGAUAAUAGUUGAACAUAUUAACCGGCGCAAAUAUAUGUAUCUACUAUCAAGUCAUGGAUGAUAACCUUAGUAGGAAAUCUUCUGAAUCCUCAUUAACUACGAGUGGAGAGUACGAAAUUGUUUCUGAUAUCAACAUAACAACACCAAUUGAAGAGCAAAUGUCGGGUACUGGCCCCCAUUUUGUUACAUCGAUGAGCAGUAAGUCGCCAACGCUAAACUUGGCCAAUAAUCGCAACAUUACUGAUUUGCAGCACGCAAUGACAGACGCUUUGCGUGAAAUAGAUUUAAACUCUGAAAUGCCUUCAACUGCACCCAAGGCGGUUACGUUGAGUAAACAAAAAUCUUUGACAUUACCACUGGCCGGUACUUCGAGCCCGGCAUUGCUGGUUCCAGAAAACGAAUAUGAACAGCAACAGUUAGUUCCCUUGAAGACCGCGAUGAAAUCACAAUCACUAAACCGUCAUCACACAGAUUACGCUAUAACACCAAAAAGUGAUGACGCGUCAACUUCGGAACAUAAUCGUGUUGGUCAAUCGGUAUUUUAUGAUUGCAUAGAUGCAAGUCCAGGGGGCGUUGGCGGUGGCGUUGAAGAAAAACAAGAUCUCAUGAAGCCGGAGAAGAAUGAUACCGAUGAAGAAGUUUCAGAGAUCGAUCAAGGAUGCACUAUAUUUUCCGGUGUCACAUAUCUAGGAGCCGCAAAUAUAAAUGCGCCCAAAUCAGAAAUCGAUAUAUACCGCAUAAUGAAUGAACUGAACAGUAACUCAGACUCUGUAGGACUUAAAAUUUCAGUUAGCAUACCGAACUGUUCGGAUGGGCUUGUCGUUCUUCAUGAUGGUGAUACCGGCUCCAUUAUCGCCACCUACGAGAUACAAAGCAUUAUUUUGUACUUCCGUGGUCCAGUAGAAUCGCCCGAAAAUGGUUGUUUUGCCUUUACUUGGCUACAUGGCGAUUCGCUGUUCCAAUGCCAUGUUUUCCGUUGCCAUAUCCCGGAAGCGGUUAACCAAGUUAGCGCUUGUUUUCAGAAAGCGUUCCGCACAUAUCCGCCAAGUAUGACGUGCAGCUUGACUUCAGCUGUCGAUAGCAAUAUGUUGAACUCGAUAACAUCCGAUGUGAGUGGAAAUCCACUUAAUACUGCGGGUUAUGAAUUUAUUGUGUCUUUGGAAAUUCGUGAAAAAGUUGCUAAAAAUUCAUUUUCGGCAGUGCCUCGCGAUCGCAAUUACUUUAAAUUGCGGGCAAACACUGACAAGGAAGUGAUUAUUACCGUUAAGCAAACCUCUUCGACUAUACUUCAACCGUUGUUUAUAGAACGUUGUUUUGGUGUACUUCUGAGUCCUGGCAAGUUGGUUCGCCAGGGCGAUAUGCAACUUAUUGAUAUGGUUAGCAUGAGCUACCAUUUGCCCACUACCACUGCGGCCGGUAGUCAUGCUAAUGGAGGCACAUUGGGUAGUGCUUCAGGAGAUAUUAUCAGUGGCGCAGCUACAAUGCCACUUUGUCUUAACCCAUAUGUAAUACGUGCGGAAUGGAAGGCCAAUGAAACCGCAUUCGAGCAGCUGAACGUUGAGGCCUCUAAAACUUUUCUAACUGUAGCAGUGGAUAUAGUGGUACGUGGCAUACGCGAUCCGGUACGUUUUGUUAUUGAGACACCCGUCGUAAUACAGUCGGCAAGUGAGAUACGUAUAAUGGACCACUUUAUAUCGAAGCGGCCAAUGACGUUGCGUUUCUAUCUACAAUUGGAGCGCACCAAUGACGAAUUCAGUUGGAAGGUCAGCUCAAUUGAUCCAUCAGAAGAGAUUACUGAACCUCAGUCGCAAUCGUCACUAUUGAAAUUUGGAAUGAACAAUUUGUCACGUAUUGUACGUUCUUCAUCGAUUGUAUCGAUUGAGGACGAUUGCCCCACUGACUACAGUUCCGAUGGUGAUGAACCGUUGCUAAGUGGUACAGGUGAGGUUUCCAAAGAUUGCUCACAGGAUAAAUUAGAUGAAUGGGAUCCAAUACUAAAGGAAUGGGAUGGCGAAAAACGGCCAAAGAAUUUAGCCCCCCUAGUACGUUUGGGCAUACCAGAGGCAUUGCGCGAGAAAGUAUGGCAGAAGCUGGCAAAUGUUGAGAGCAAAACCGAAAUGCUUGACAUGUAUAAGAUUUUAAUUACCAAAGAAACCAAGUGCGAAACUGUAAUACAACGGGACAUACACAGAACUUUUCCGGCUCAUAAGUGUUUCAAGGAAAGCGGUGGUUCAGGUCAAGACUCAUUAUUCAAGGUAUCAAAAGCAUAUGCGGUCUAUGACAGUGAAGUUGGUUAUUGUCAAGGUUUGAGUUUUAUCGCCGCAAGCCUGUUGUUGCACAUGCCCGAAGAAGAUGCAUUUUGUGUGCUGGUUUCUCUCAUGUACGAUUUUGGGUUACGUGACUUGUAUAAGCAAGGCUUUGAGGUACUCUAUUUGCGCCUCUAUCAACUCGAUCGUUUUAUCAAGGAUCAAUUGCCCAAAUUGCAUGAACAUUUUGCGGCAUGUGGCAUUGAGACGCACAUGUACGCCUCACAAUGGUUUCUCACACUCUUCACGGCACGUUUUCCCCUGUGCUUUGUAUUUCAUGUACUCGAUGUGUUCCUUCUGGACGGUGUUAUUUUGCUUUUCCAAGUUGCUGUGACGUUGCUUUCCAUUUGUGAGGCUGACUUGCGUCAACUUGAUUUUGAGGGUAUACUAAAAUAUUUCCGCGUAACGUUGCCGAAAAAAUGUCGAAGCCCUAGCCAAGCACGCCGAGUUAUGAAAAUGGCUUGCGAACGUAAAAUUAAGAAAUUGAAGCAAUACGAAGAAGAAUUUCUAUUGAAAAAGCAGCACAAAGAACGUAUGGAGAAAGAAGCUCAAGUUUAUGAGAAUCGUUUUGGGGAAGAAAAGCGAAAAUUACAAGCGGAGAUCGAUGAUCUCCAGAAAAAGUUGAGCGAGGCUAAUGAACGGGCAAUAGAAAAAGAGAAGAAACACACAGGCAUUAUACAGGACUAUAAGCAAAUAAUACAACGAUUAGAACAUGAUACGACAAAUUUGAAUGAGACAGUAGGAAAUGUAAUGAAUAUCGUUUCCAAGUGCAAGAAUUGUGUACAACAAAUGGAGAAUACUGACCACAGUGUAAAACUACCGACGCUGACAACCAGAAGCAGCAGCGUUAAAUCCACGCAACGAGGCUGCAACAAGCAAGCCAUAGAUGCUCCACUUGGUCCACUGGAUCCAAUAAAUGUAGCUACACAACGUAUACGUGAGCUUGAGCUAGAAUUGGCGCAAGCAAAGUUGGCACAUGUUGAAGCUGAAUGCCGCAAUCAAGAUUUGCAUCAUCAAUUGAACGCCAUAAACGCUGAAAUGCAUUCCAACCGCAACAGUUGGCAACCGUGGCUAUCUAAAACUCUCAAUUCCUUACAAGAGAAGGUAACAACACGGAGCAGUCGCGACGCCGCAUUGCCAACAUUCCAAUCAUAUACGCAACAUGCAUCUGCUAGUGCAUCAGCGGCUGGUAGUGAAACGAACUCGCCUAGCAGUAAUCAGGAGUUUAAAGCCUUUUCAGUGGGAGGCUCACCGAAAUUGCCAGCAAAAUUACAGACCGUCAAACUUCGCAAUAGUAUUGAUAGUUUGCGUAACAUUGUCGUGCCGUUGGAGAACAGUGCAGGGCGUGCGAUUGGUGUUGGUGCAAGUGCUAGUGCGAAUGUUGGCGUGGGCGUGGCUGAUCACUUUCGGCAACACCUACAACCAUCAACUUAAAUAUCGACGUAGAAUUGAAAAAAAAACAUUUAAAUUUAUUUAAAGGCAUUCAUUUGAAAUAUACAUAAAUAUAUGCUUAAUUUUAGCAUACAUACCUACAUAAAUUUGCAUAUAACAACAAGUAUGCAUAUAACAACAAGAAUCACAAUAUGAAACGACAUUGGUCAUUAUAAAUUAUCAAAGGUAUAACAGACAUACAUAAGUAUGUAGGUACAUACAUAUUUACAUGCAGAGAGGAGGGUUGUGCAUAUAGAAAAUGCAAUUGCAACAUUUUUUUAGCAAAUAUUUUAUUCCUAGAUACUACCUAAUACAAUUUUUUUCUUCACAAUGAUGUUUGCAGAUUUACGCGCAACCCUGCAAAACAUACAAUUUUGGCUUUUCGAUUGAAAUACAUUCAUUUUCUAAAAUAAGCGAAAUUAGUUUUUAAGUAGAAUAUGUUACGAGUAAAAGUAAUAAAUACAUACC